CAGAAGGGUGGGUGGGCUUGCCCAUGGCUGAGGCCUCGCUCCCAGAGCUGAGGGAAGAUGCCGAAGCCACACCUUGCCCCAGCGUCCUGGAACUGGAGGAGCUCCUGAGGGCGGGGAAAAUUUCUUCUUGCAGCCGGGUGGACGAAGUUUGGCCCAACCUUUACAUAGGAGAUGCGGCCACAGCAAAUAACCGCUUUGAGCUAUGGAAGCUGGGCAUCACCCACGUGCUGAACGCCGCUCACGGGGGCCUCUACUGUCAGGGCGGCCCUGACUUCUACGGCAGCAGUGUGAGCUAUCUGGGGGUGCCAGCCCACGACCUCCCCGAUUUUGACAUCAGUGCCUACUUCUCCUCUGCAGCUGACUUCAUUCAUCGUGCCCUCAGCACACCCGGGGCCAAGGUCCUGGUGCACUGUGUGGUGGGUGUCAGCCGCUCUGCCACACUGGUCCUGGCCUACCUCAUGCUGCGCCAGCAGAUGUCCCUGCGCCAGGCGGUGAUCACCGUGAGGCAGCACCGCUGGGUCUUCCCCAACCGAGGCUUCCUCCACCAGCUCUGCCAGCUGGACCAGAAGCUGCGAGGUGCAGGCCGGAGCUGAGGGGCCAGCCCUGCUUUGUCAGUCCCAC